AUGGAUUCUGGUAAUAGUGGGAGCAUUUCUUCAAGUGGUGAUGAAGAAUAUGAUUCAAGAACUCAUCAUCCAACACUUCUUCCUUCAAAUUUCUUCAAUCCACAACCUAAUCUUCAAUUUAAUUCCAUCUCACACAAUCCACAAUUGUUUCAUCUUGGAUCAAACUCAAACUCAAACUCAGUUUCUUUCUUUGAUCUUUCACCAAACUACCUUCACAAUCUCUCUCAAUCACAACCAAACAUAGACACAACUUCAUUUCCUCCAUCAUCUCAAGGACUUUCAUCACCACCAUCAUUACCAUUUUCAUUACAACAACAACACUUGAACCAAUGUUUGUUAACAACUCCUCCAGGUGUUGGUCUUCAUGAUAACAACAACAGCAACAAUAAUGCAAGAACAACACCAACACCAACACCGUCACCAGCAACAACAAAUAAUGCAACAAGAAAUUCAAAGAAGAGAACAAGAGCUUCAAGAAGAGCGCCUACAACAGUUCUAACAACCGACACAUCGAAUUUCAGAGCCAUGGUUCAAGAAUUCACAGGUAUCCCUGCACCGCCUUUUUCAGGUUCAUCUUAUUCUCGUCGUCUUGAUCUUCUCACUUCAUCAUCUUCUUUAAGAUCAUCUCACUUUGAUACAACAACAACAUCUUCUUUUUACCCUCUUCGUCCUUCACCACAGAAGCUUUAUCAUAAUCAUCAUAAUCAUCAAAAUCCAUUGAUUUUAUCUUCAUCUUCAUCCUCAUCACAUAACAACAACAUGGUUGAUGCAACUGUUAACAAUAAUUAUCAUCAACAACUACCAAUAUCUGAUUUGGGUUUACCUUAUAAUAACCCUCAUCAUCAACAACAACAACAACAUAACUUCAUGCUUAGCAUGCAAAAUCAACAACCUAUUCAUACAUUCAACAACCUUUCCGCAUCUUCUUCCCAACAGUUUCAUCCUUUUAGCCUAGGAGGUUUUGGUGCAAAGUCACAACAACAAAGUUUAUCAGUACAAUCUCUUGAAGAUCUUGGUGUGAAUCAAGGACAAGUGAAUGCACAUCUUGGUGGUGAUAAAGUUGUUGUUGGUUCUUCUUCUACAGGUGAUGGUUUGGGUGGCGGUGUAGGAAGUAAUUGUAAGGUUAACUUUUCAGGUUCUGGAUCAAUUACGUUAAACCAUGAAAAGACAACGGAGAAUAAUAAUAAUGAUAAUAGUAAUAAUAAUAGUAAUAGAGGAGGAGAAGGUGUUGAUUCGUGGAUUUGUUCUUCUGAUUAG